AUGCUUAUAAUAAGCAAGUGGAGAUCGAAAGGGUCCACGUGUACUUGUUUGCCGGCGGCGAUGUCAUCUCCGGGCUGUAAAAGACGGUUAUAUCCCUCGUCUCUGGUGGCGCUUCUCAUCGUCUCUCUUCUCUACAUUUGGGCUUCCAGCAGUCAAACCAAGGCGGUGGCGAUAAGGCUAUUUCCGCCGAGUUCGAGGGCAUUAGUGGAAAACGGCCAAUCAACGGAGCCCGUCAAGAGUCGAACUCAAGUGUUCAGAGAGUAUUUCAAAGGCAGAGUUUCGGAUCUCAAUAAUAAUAAUGGUACAUUUGCUGACUACAAAAGGAAAAUACCAAGCUGCCCAGAUCCUCUCCACAAUUAA